ACUCCCUGCAGUGGCGAUAGCCCGACCUGUCCUUCAGCCUCGCACUACUGGCGGGUUCUUGCCAAGUGCUAGUGGAGACAGAGUUGUAGUGAGCUUCUAAUUUGCAGUGACUCCAACCGUGCCGGGGAAGUCAUGUCGGAGCAGCAGCGGCAGGGCGCCGAGCGCGAUCUCUACCGGGACACGUGGGUGCGCUACCUGGGCUAUGCCAAUGAGGUGGGGGAGGCUUUCCGCUCCCUGGUUCCUGCAGCUGUGGUGUGGUUGAGCUAUGGCGUGUCCAGCUCCUAUGUCCUGGCCGAUGCCAUAGACAAAGGCAAGAAGGCAGGAGAGGUGCCAAGCCCUGAAGCAGGCCGCAGCACCAGAGUGGCCCUGGCUGUGGUAGACACCUUUGUGUGGCAGUCUCUGGCCUCUGUGGUCAUCCCAGGCUUCACCAUCAACCGUCUGUGUGCUGCCUCUCUCUAUGUCUUGGGUACUAUGACCCGCUGGCCCCCGACUGUUCGCAAAUGGACCACCACCACACUUGGGCUGCUGGCCAUCCCUGUCAUCGUCCACCCCAUUGACAGGUCAGUGGACUUCCUCCUGGACUCUAGCCUGCGCAAGCUGUACCCAUCAGUUGAGAAGCCCAGCACCCCCUGACCCUGCUCUGAGUCUUGCCUGGGGUUUGCCCACUCACAUCAAAGAACGUGGAUACGUUGACUGUUUGGGGUCCAUGGCACUGCCAUCUGAGUGGGUUCAAAUUGAUGGGAGCUUGGAGAUGAAGGCCCUGGAGCAUAGUGGCUGUAGCGACACCCAGGGGUGGGACCCAACCCUGUCUGCAUCAGUGGCCUUGGUUGUGCUGAGUGGGAAUGAACUCUGGCUGGGCCUGUCUUUUGAAGUCCUUUUUUAAAAAGUAUUUAUUUUAUGUGUAUAGGUGUUUUACUUGCAUGUAUGUAUGUAUGUAUGUAUGUGCACCACCCUUUGAGGUUAAAGAGGUGAUUAGACACCCCUGAAACUGAAGUUGGGGAUAGUUGUGAGCCACCAUGUGGGUGCUGAGAACUGAAUCUGGUUCCUCUGUAGGAGCAGCCAGUGCUCUAACCACUAAGUACCUCUUAGCCUCCAGGUCUAUCUUCUGAUGGAAAAGCUGUAUCCUCCCAUGGAGGAUAAGGAUAUUAAGUCCCAGGGAGGGCAGGGAAUACUCCUGAGAUCACAUGACAAGCAAGGACCAGGCUUCCAGCUAUUCUAAGUCACUUUGUGCUAAUGUGGCUGAGUGACUUAGGGAAAGACACAGAGGUACAGCAUUUGGGACUCAGGGCAGAGUCUCUGGCCAGCCCAUCCCUGCUGCAGGGACUGCUGGGGUCUGGUUUAGAGGCAGGACAAUCACAAACCAAGUGCUAGGCCAAUAAAACUUUCAAAAAUGGCA